UACUACACUGAGCAAUAAAAUGUCUAAUUUAGAAAACCAAAUUCUAAAUAUAUAUUGGGGAGGAGAAAUAAUUCAAAGUAAUGGAGAUAUUUCCUACACAAGGGAAUAUCAAAAAACUUUGAUGGUUAAUUCGAGUAUGUCUUGGGAAAAUAUUCGCCAAGAAAUUCAAUCACAUUAUACGGCAGAUGGUUACGGGAUUAUAUCCAAAAUAUCUGGAAAAAUUCCUUACUCCGUCCCUGGUAUCAGUUCGAUGAAAUUGAUGGGCAUCGACAGUGAUAGGUUAUGGGAAAUAUUUUUCCAAAAGGCCAUUCCCUUGGGUUUACUAGAAGUAUACAUCGACAGUGCUCGUGCGGGUGGAGAUGAGGCCGGUCCAUCGAGACGUGAUUAUCGUGUUCGUUCGCAGGGGGAGACGAUUGCAGAUGAAGUUAUUGACAACCCUGACUCUGAUGAUGAUGAAGAGUACAUUCCUUCGGACGAUGACAUUGACACAGAAGAACAUUGGAUCCAUGAAAUGGAAGCUGAAGCUGGUGUAAGAGGAAUUUCUGGUGGCGUGUCUAAUGGCCCUCUUGCAAUAGUCGAUGUUGUCUAUGCAUCCGAACCACCAAACCUUAAUGCUACACCUGAAGAGACCCCGCGCUUUAAGAAUUUAUUCCACAAAAACUGGGAAAGAUUGGGAGGGAGAAGAUCGAUCGAUCGAUCGAAAAUGGAGAGCGCAUGCGAACUUGUAGAGUUCCCGCAGCUGCCAACUCCGAUCGAGACGAAUUACAGGGCAUGCACCAUACCUUACAGGUUCCCUUCCGAUAAUCCCAAGAAGGCUACGCCCACUGAGAUCGCCUGGAUUAACCUCUUCCUCAACUCCAUCCCUUCUUUCCGAAAGCGCGCCGAGAGUGACGAUUCCGUCACGGAUGCUCCACUGAGAGCUGAUAAAUUUGCUCAAAGGUAUGCUGGAAUACUUGAGGAUUUGAAGAAAGAUCCUGAAAGCCACGGUGGACCACCUGACUGCAUUCUUCUUUGCCGACUUCGUGAACAAGUACUAAGAGAAGUGGGAUUCAGAGAUAUAUUUAAAAGGGUUAAGGAUGAAGAAAAUGCUAAAGCUAUUUCCUUAUUUGAGCAUGUAAUUCGCCUCAAUGAUGCUAUUGAGGAUGAAGCUAUGCGCGUUGAGAAUUUGGUUAAAGGAAUAUUCGCAGGAAACAUAUUUGACCUUGGCUCUGCCCAGCUUGCAGAGGUGUUCUCCAAUGAUGGCAUGUCUUUUCUUGCCAGCUGUCAAAAUCUUGUUCCUCGACCAUGGGUUAUUGAUGAUUUGGAUGCAUUUAUAUUGAAAUGGAGCAAAAAAUGUUGGAAAAAGGCUGUAAUUUUUGUUGAUAACUCAGGUGCAGAUAUCAUUUUGGGAGUUUUACCAUUUGCAAGAGAGUUACUUCGCCGUGGGACACAGGUUGUUUUGGCAGCUAAUGACCUGCCUUCUAUAAACGAUGUAACUCACACAGAGCUAAUUGAUAUUAUUUCUAAGCUGAAGGAUGAGCAUGAAAAGCUUGCAGGAGUUGAUACCUCCAAUCUUUUUAUUGCAAAUUCUGGUAAUGAUUUGCCGGUUAUAGAUCUUACCAGAAUAUCACAGGAGCUUGCAUAUCUGGCGAGUGAUGCUGACAUUGUCAUUCUGGAGGGCAUGGGCCGUGGAAUAGAAACUAACUUAUAUGCUCAAUUCAAAUGUGAUUCUAUUAAGAUUGGAAUGGUAAAGCACCCAGAGGUGGCACAGUUCCUUGGGGGAAGGUUGUACGAUUGCGUCUUCAAGUACAAUGAGGUUUUGGGUUAAACUUACCUCAACCCCCAGUUUUUAUGUGACUAUUAAAGAAAGAUGCAGAUUAUUGCAUUAAAAAAUAGAAGGAAAAAUAAAGGCAGUCUGGGUCUUGGCAUGGCACCACACCUGAAAACUCUAUUUAUGGACUUGAAAAAAAAGCAGUUUAUGUUGUUUGGUUGACAGAACAAUGGUAACGGAUUGACAUAAUUUGAUUGAGGAACAUUGUCAUUAUUACGAUCACACUUGUAGUGACAAGCAUUGGCCAUGUACGUGUGAUCGAUCGGUAGAAACUGGAUGUAAUUAAAAAUUUACAAAUUGG